AUGGAAGAUUUACUGGCACCCGGUCGAGCAACUCGACGGUCAACGGGAGUACAGCUCAUUUGGGAAUCAUAUAAAAUCGACCCAUACGUUGCCAAGCUUGCCGACACUGUGAAUAAUUAUCAGGAACGUGUAGAAGAGUUGAUCUUAAUCGCAGACAAUAUCGAAGUUUAUCUUGCUGCGUUGGAUACAUGUCAGUAUAAUGCUGUCACUAUUGGUGCUCAGCUAGCGUCAAUCCAGAAAUCCGUAGAUCAGUUAGCACUAGGGAAUUAUUCAAACUUGACUCAGUGGGUGGACAAACUUGACAAGAAGAUAGAAGCGAAACUCGCUGCUCGUGUCGAAGAAGCCAUUCGUCUCUGGACGUUAGUGUUUUCGGGUAGUGAAGAAGUGGAUGAGUACAGGGAGAGCAAUGUCACACUACCUCCAGUUCAUCCUGUCCUUAUCGAGAUUCGCCUUACCGCUCAAACUAUCUACAUUAGUCCAUCAAUAGAGCAAGCUAGAGCGAAGUUAUUAGAACAGCUGGUGGAGUGGCAUGCAGUUGUUACUAGCCAACCGCGUAUUAGUAGCACCCGUUUUCAGUUAGCAAUGAAUCGCGAUAUGGAUGUUGCCACGUACAAAAAUGUACUGAGUUGUCUUCCUAAUGGCUUAGGAGUGCUUGAAAAUGCUUACAUCACUGUGGAUCGAAUUUUGAAGGAGGUGGAUGAUUAUGUCAACGAAUGGUUACGAUACCAAGCCUUGUGGGAUCUUCAAGCAGAAAUGCUCUAUGAAAGAUUGGGCACUGAUCUCUCUAAGUGGAUGAAAACUCUAAUAGAAAUCAGAAAAAGCCGUAGUACUUUCGACACUCAGGAUACCAAGAAGGAAAUAUUUCCUGUCAUCGUUGACUAUGCUAAAGUCCAAUUAAAAGUCACUCUUAAAUAUGAUUAUUGGCACAAGGAAGUUCUUCAGAAAUUUGGCACCGCCGUCGGAAACGAAAUGCAGCAAUUCUUUGGGAAUAUUUCCAAGUGGAGAGAAGAGUUAGAGUCACAAGGUGUUGACUCAGGCACAACAACAGACGCUGUAGCAUUAAUUACAUAUUAUCUGUGUAUCGCUACCAUAAUCGUAAAGCCUCUUGCUCAGGUCGAUCAAUUCCGGGCUGCGCAGCGGUUGCUUUCUCAGCAACGUUAUCAGUUUCCUACACAGUGGUUGUACGCAGAGAAUGUUGAGGGCGAAUGGUCGGCUUUGACAGAAAUUCUACUUCGUAAAGACUCGUCGAUUCAAUCACAAAUCAAUAAUCUGCAGACGAAAAUCAAAGAAGAAAAUGACAUGGUCGAGAAGCGUACUCAAGAUACGUUGGCUGAAUGGGAAAGAGCAAAGCCCGUGGAAGGAGCGCAAAGGCCGGCUGAAGCUCUUUCAGCUCUCAACACUUUUGAACAAAAGAUUGCCAAACUUACAGAGGAUCGCGAAAAAAUGCGAAGGGCACGUCAUGCACUUGAUAUGGCUGAUCCAACAGGUGUUCCAGUGGAUGCCGACAAGCUGGCCGUCGCUGCGGAAGAGCUGGCUGACUUAAAGGGGGUAUGGCAAGCCCUUGUACCGGUGUACACUUCAAUUGAUGAAAUGAAGGAAAAGACUUGGUUAUCGGUGCAACCACGGAAGUUGCGACAAUCACUUGAUGACCUUAUGAGUCAGCUGAAGCACUUACCCGUUAAAUAUAAGAGCUACAAAAGUUAUGAAUAUGCGAAACAGAUGAUGCACAAUUAUUCAAAGAUGAAUAUGCUAGUGAUGGAACUGAAAUCAGACGCACUUAAAGAACGUCAUUGGCGUCAGAUGAUGAAGGAGUUACGUGUGAAUUGGAAUCUUUCUGAGCUGACUCUGGGACAGGUCUGGGAUGCCGAUCUUCAACGACACGAGCAUGCUAUCAAACAGAUUCUUCUCGUUGCUCAAGGUGAACUUGCUCUAGAAGAGUUUUUGAAACAGAUGAGAGACUUUUGGCAGUCCUAUGAUGUUGAGCUGGUAAAUUAUCAGAACAAGACACGACUAAUCAAAGGAUGGGAUGAACUAUUCACCAAAUUAAAGGAACAUCAAAACUCGUUGGCUGCUAUGAAGCUUUCUCCAUACUACAAGCAAUUUGAGGAGAAUGCGCUAUCAUGGGAAGAGAAGUUGAAUCGAAUAAGUGCGAUGUUUGACGUCUGGAUUGAUGUUCAACGCCGUUGGGUCUAUUUGGAGGGUCUCUUUUCUGGAUCAGCAGACAUUGUUACAUUACUUCCCAUUGAAAGUGCACGAUUUUCUAGCAUUUCAACGGAAUUUUUGGCAUUGAUGAAGAAAGUCACACAGUCGCCACGUAUUCUUGAUAUAGUGGGAAUGCAAGGAGCUCAACGUCUGCUUGAUAGACUUGCAGAUAUGUUAUCGAAAAUUCAGAAAGCUCUUGGUGAAUACUUGGAGAGGGAGAGGUCAUCUUUUCCGCGAUUUUACUUCGUUGGAGAUGAAGAUUUGUUGGAGAUCAUGGGUAAUAGCAAAGACAUUUCACGUCUUCAAAAGCAUCUCAAGAAAAUGUUUGCUGGAGUAACUUCUGUAGAUGUUCUAGAAGAAGACCGCGUUAUUACCGCUCUCCAAAGCCGGGAAGGAGAACGAGUAGAGCUUGUCCAACCGGUCCACACCAAAGAUGUUCGUAUCAAUGACUGGCUUAAGACGCUGGAAGCUGAGAUGAAGCACACCCUUGCAAAAUUUUUGGGUCAUUCCCUAGCACAUUUCUCAAAGUUGGAUAUUGACACUGUGAAACCUGAGGAAUACAUGGAAUGGUUGGAUAAAUAUCCGGCGCAAGUCAUAGCGUUGACUUCUGAGAUUUGGUGGAGCAACCAAAUGGAAAUCAUGCUGGUCGAUGGUAAAACUGUCGAAACAGUAGAGCAAAUAGUGUCAGCAACACUCUCCCUACUUGCUGAUUCAGUGCUAAAAGAUCAACCUCCAAUUAGACGGAAAAAAAUAGAAACAUUGAUUACGGAAUUCGUCCAUAAGCGCGACACUUGCCGAAAAUUGAUAAGUGAUAAUGUCAAGAGCGUUUCGGAUUUCGGAUGGUUGCAGUGCAUGCGAUUUUACUUCGAUCCUAAACAGAUUGCGAAUGCUCAAUUCUUCUACGGAUUUGAAUAUCUCGGGAUACAAGAGCGGCUUGUUCGUACGCCAUUGACAGAUCGCUGCUAUUUAACGAUGACGCAGGCUCUACAUUCGAGGUUGGGAGGUUCCCCAUUCGGACCAGCUGGUACAGGAAAGACGGAGUCUGUAAAAGCACUUGGCCACCAACUCGGGCGAUUUGUCCUUGUUUUUAAUUGCGAUGAAACAUUUGACUUUCAGGCAAUGGGAAGGAUUUUGGUGGGUCUUUGUCAGGUUGGCGCUUGGGGGUGCUUCGAUGAGUUCAAUCGCUUGGAAGAACGCAUGCUUUCUGCUGUCUCACAGCAAAUACAAACUAUUCAGGCAUUUAUGGUUCAGGAAGCGGUUCGUGCAGGUGGUGAUAUGAGCGUAGAUCUGGUGGGAAAACGACUCAACGUGAAUGCGAAUAUUGGUAUUUUUAUCACAAUGAACCCAGGAUACUCUGGAAGAUCGAAUUUACCCGAUAACUUGAAACAGUGUCACUAUGAUUUCGGUCUCCGUGCUUUGAAAUACGUCUUGGUAUCAGCGGGAAAUGUUAAGCGAGAAAAACUUGCGAAAGUUGGAGCUGCUGCAUUGGAGGAUGUUGCUGAGCAGCAGAUGCUUAUUCAAUCUGUCUGUGAGACUCUGGUCCCCAAACUUGUAAGCGAGGAUAUUGCUCUACUCUUUUCGUUACUAUCCGAUGUUUUCCCUUCGGUGCAUUAUACACCUAAUGAAAUGAUAGAAUUGCGACAACACAUUGCUCAAGUGUGUGACCAACUUAUGCUAUGUCACGCGGACGUAACCGGAGAAUUAGGAGCAGCAUGGGUUGACAAAGUGCUUCAACUUUACCAGAUCACCAAUUUAAACCAUGGUCUAAUGCUUGUUGGUGCAAGUGGCAGUGGAAAAACCACAGCUUGGAAAGUUUUGAUGAAGGCACUUGAACGCUAUGAAAAGGUGGAAGGUGUUGCACAUGUCAUCGAUGCGAAAGCGAUGAGUAAGGAUGCACUGUAUGGAGUACUGGAUCCGAACACUAGGGAAUGGACUGAUGGAUUGUUCACUUCCAUUAUCCGAAGGAUAAUUGAUAAUGUUCGCGGUGAACUUGAGAAGCGCCAGUGGAUUAUCUUUGACGGUGAUGUUGAUCCGGAGUGGGUAGAGAAUUUAAAUUCAGUACUUGAUGAUAAUAAACUGCUCACAUUACCAAAUGGAGAACGUCUUGCUAUUCCACCUAACGUGCGAAUCAUUUUCGAAGUUGCUGAUCUGAAAUACGCAACUCUUGCUACAGUUUCUCGUUGCGGGAUGGUUUGGUUCAGCGGAGAGGUUGUAACCACGGAAAUGUUGUUCGAGCACUAUCUUUCACGCUUGCGUAAUAUCUCUAUUGAAAGCGAUGCGUUAAUUGCUGAAGAUGCCGCUCCAGUAAGAUCUGUUGUCAUACAGAGGCAAGCUGCUGCUGCUCUUCAACCGAACUUUUCUCCAGAUAGUCUUGUACCGUUAGCACUCAAUUUCGCUCUCACGAAUCUUGUUCAUAUCAUGGUUCCCACUCAACAACGUCUACUGUCAUCAUUUUUUGCUAUGAUGAACUAUUCUGUUCGUUGCAUCAUUAAUCAUGACGCUAAUCAGGGUGAUUUUCCGUUAUCGCCGGAUCAGGUUGAGGCGUAUUUGACGCGAUCCAUGCUUACCAAUAUGAUUUGGGCGUUCAGUGGUGACGGGAAAUGGAAAUGUCGCCAACGUUUGAGCGACUUUAUUCGUAGUUCAACAACUCUUUCAUUACCUUCAAAUCAACAGGCUCCCUUGAUAGACUUCCAAGUACAACUCAGUGGUGAAUGGCAACCGUGGUUGAGCCGUGUUCCAGUCAUGGAAAUCGAAUCUCAUCGUGUCGCUGCACCUGACCUUGUUGUGCCGACUAUCGAUACUGUUCGCCAUGAAAUGUUGCUGUCUGCUUGGCUAUCGGAACAUAAACCUCUUGUGCUGUGUGGGCCCCCAGGUUCUGGGAAGACGAUGACAUUGCUUGCCGCAUUGCGUUCCCAACAAGAUAUGGAUGUGGUGAAUGUGAAUUUCUCGUCAUCAACAACACCCGAACUUUUGAUGAAAACAUUUGAUCACUAUUGUGAAUACCGACGUACGCCAAAUGGUAUUGUAUUGGCUCCAGUUCAACUUAGCCGGUGGUUGGUCAUUUUCUGUGACGAGAUCAACUUGCCCGCCCCAGACAAAUACGGCACUCAACGUGUGAUUUGCUUCCUUCGUCAACUUGUAGAAAUGAAUGGCUUUUACCGCAAUUCUGAUCAUUUAUGGGUGACACUAGAACGAAUUCAAUUUGUCGGUGCCUGCAAUCCUCCUACUGACCCUGGUCGUCACCCUAUGACAUUGCGUUUCCUGCGUCAUGUUCCAGUCGUUUACGUCGACUAUCCGGGUAAAACGUCGCUUAUACAGAUUUACGGGACAUUUAACAGAGCUAUGCUUAAAACAGCGCCUACAGUUCGUGGACUUGCUGAUCCACUCACUAAUGCUAUGGUCGAUGUCUAUUUGGCCAGUCAAGAACAUUUCACUCAAGAUGACCAACCGCACUACGUAUAUUCACCUCGAGAGUUAACUCGUUGGGUUCGUGGAAUAGCAGAAGCGAUUGCUCCCAUCGAUGGAAUCACCGCUGAACAGCUCGUCCGUUUAUGGGCUCAUGAAGCAGUGCGGUUAUUCCAAGACCGACUGGUCACGGAUGCUGAACGUGACUGGACGGACGAGCUUGUUGAUUCGACUGCUGAAAAGUAUUUUGGAUGUUCCUGCAAUGUGAAAGAAGCUUUGCGUCGACCACUGUUAUAUUCAUGUUGGCUAUCAAAACAUUACGUACCUGUCACAAGGGAUGAGCUCAAAGACUAUGUAUCCGCAAGGCUCAAAGGGUUCUAUGAAGAAGAACUUGACGUGCAGUUGGUUCUAUUCGAUCAAAUGCUUGACCAUGUGCUGCGUAUUGACAGAAUAUAUCGUCAACCUCAAGGACAUCUUUUGCUUAUUGGUACAGCUGGAGCUGGAAAGACAACGCUUUCUAGAUUCGUAGCAUGGCUAAAUGGACUGAGUGUAUUUCAGCUCAAAGUUCAUUCGAAGUACACAGCUGCGGAUUUCGACGAGGAUAUGCGUUCAGUUUUACGUCGUGCUGGUUGCCGGAACGAGAAAAUGUGUUUCAUCAUGGAUGAAUCGAACAUGUUGGAUACUGGAUUUCUUGAAAGGCUAAACACGCUUUUGGCCAAUGGAGAAGUACCUGGUUUAUUCGAGGGUGAUGAACAUACGACUCUCAUGACGCAAAUCAAGGAAGGAGCCCAACGUCAAGGAUUGAUGCUUGAUAGUCAUGAUGAGCUGUACAAAUGGUUCACUUUGCAGGUAAUGAGAAAUCUACACGUGGUGUUCACGAUGAACCCGUCUGGUAGUGGUCUUCGCGAACGCGCUUCUACCUCACCGGCUCUGUUUAAUCGUUGCGUACUGAACUGGUUUGGUGACUGGGCCGACACUGCGCUCUACCAGGUUGCAUCAGAGCUUACGACGACUAUUGAUAUGGACCGUAACGACUACGAGCCGCCUUUCGCGCUGCUGAAAGUGUGUGACCUCAUACCUAGCCCACCUACUUAUCGUCAUGCUGUCAUUAACACACUAGUGCAUGUUCAUAAGUCCGUCCAAAAGCUUAAUGAACAGGAGCAAAAGCGUGGCCACAAAGUCAUGGUAGUGACGCCUCGUCAUUUUCUUGACCUGAUCAGGCACUUUACAAAUCUGUUUUACGAAAAACGACGGGAGCUAGAAGAGGAGAAGGUCCACUUAAAUAUUGGUCUGAACAAGAUUCGUGAAACUGAAGAACAAGUGAAGGAGCUACAGAAGAGCCUUACGCUGAAGAGUCGUGAACUAGAAGAGAAGAAAACGGCAGCUAAUUUAAAAUUGAAAGAAAUGUUAGCGGACCAGCAAAAGGCCGAAGAUGAAAAACGUCAUUCCGAACAGCUCCAGAAGGAACUAGCAGAACAAUUAACUCAGAUAGCAGCAAAGAAAACAGAAGUGCAAAAGGACCUCAGCCAGGCAAUUCGAGGAGUUAUGGUGAAGGACGAUUUUAUGCCGCGAAUUCUUGCAUUUGAUACCGAUAGUAUUACAAGUGAUAUCUUGAAACAAAUGGAGAAAUAUGUGAAUAACCCUGAUUGGGACUUCGAUAAGGUCAAUCGUGCUUCGCAAGCGUGCGGUCCUAUGGUCAAAUGGGCGAAAGCUCAGCUGCUGUACUCUGGCAUGUUGCACAAAGUGGAACCCCUUCGCAAUGAACUGAAGCGAUUAGAAUCUGAUGCUCAGAGAAAAACUACCGAAGGAAACGAAGUGAAAGCACGUAUUGCACAAUUAGAACAGUCUAUUGCUGCAUAUAAAGAAGAAUAUGCGCAAUUAAUUGGACAGGCUGAAAGCAUUAAAAUGGACUUGGCUACCGUCCAAGAGAAGGUUGGGCGCUCUACGGAGCUUCUGUCUUCGUUGCGUUCGGAGCGUGACCGAUGGUCAGGCGGAUGCGACGGGUUUACGCAACAGAUGGACACUUUAGUCGGGGACGCGCUCCUCUCUGGAGCAUUCCUGGCUUAUGCGGGCUAUUUUGAUCAGCAGCUUCGCGAUGUUCUUUUCCACCGAUGGUUUGAGUACUUGCAAGGAGCAGCGGUCAAGAUGCGCUCAGAUUUGGCAAGAAUAGAGUAUCUUAGUACCGUAGAUGAUCGUCUUCAGUGGCAGAGAAAUGCACUACCGGUUGAUGAUUUGUGCACGGAAAACGCUAUAAUGCUACAUCGUUUCAAUCGUUAUCCUCUGAUCAUUGAUCCUUCCGGUCAAGCCUCCGAAUACAUUAUGCAACAGUUUGCAGCAAGAAAUAUUCAGAAGACAAGUUUCUUGGAUGAUUCAUUCAGGAAGAACCUGGAGUCCGCAUUGCGAUUCGGAAAUUCGCUGUUGGUACAAGAUGUAGAAAGCUACGAUCCCAUCUUAAAUCCAGUGCUGAAUAGGGAGGUUGAGUUUACACCUGAUGUGUGCUCGCGCGUAACAUUUGUCAACUUCACAGUAACGUCAUCAAGUCUUGCAAGCCAGUGUCUCAAUCAGGUGCUUCGAAGUGAAAGGCCGGAUGUUGACAAGAAACGAAAUGAUUUGUUGAAACUACAGGGUGAAUUUGCCGUGCGUCUUCGUCAACUAGAAAAGGCAUUGCUGGCAGCGUUAAAUGAAAGCAAGGGUAAAAUCCUAGACGAUAAUUCGGUGAUCGGUACUCUUGAGAAGUUGAAGAACGAAGCAUCGGAAAUUGCGAAAAAAGCUGCAGAGACCGAUAAGGUCAUGGCCGAGGUUGAAACUGUCUCCACCCAGUAUCAGCGUUUGGCUGCAGCCUGCUCACAGAUUUUCCAUACGUUACAGCAACUUAACGAGGUGCACUUUUUGUACCAUUACUCCCUCGACUUUUUACUUGACAUCUUCACCUGCGUCCUGAAAUCUCCCGAACUGAGCCAAACCCAAGACCACGUCCAACGGCUGAAUAUAAUCACAGCAAAUUUGUUCCAGACUGUGUAUCGUCGAGUAUCGCGCGGUAUGUUACAUGCUGACAAAGUUUUGUUGGCAUUGUUGCUGAUGAGGAUCUCUCUACGAUCGGUUGGCAACGAGCCGUCCUACGAUCCACAAUGGGAUCUGUUGCUUGGUCGUAGCGAAUUGUUAUCACCAAAGACUUCUCAUCAAUCCUCACCCACUGCGUUACCAUUUAUUACCUCGCAGCAGAUGGGGGCGCUGAGCAGGGCUCAGAAAUUACCCGGAUUUGAAAAUAUUAUUGACAUUAUGUGUGGACAGUCUUCGCAAGUUAAACAAUGGAUGGCACAGGACAAUCCUGAAGCUGCGGUGCCAAUAUUGUGGGAGGACCCAGAGCAGAAACUAACGCCAAUUGGAGUGGCAAUGAAUCAAUUGAUUGUGGUCCAUUGCUUGCGUUCCGAUCGCCUCUUGGCUAGUGCACAUCGUCUAGUGUCCGCUGCGUUUGGAGAAGGUUUUAUGCAACAAGAUAAAGUCAUAGAUCUUCACGACAUCAUUGAUAAUGAAGUGUCCUCGUCAGAUCCUGUUUUGUUAUGCUCUGCAACGGGUUACGAUGCAUCCGGAAAGAUUGAAGAUCUAGGAAUUCAAACUGGCCGUCCAGUUACUUCGAUCGCUAUUGGUUCCUCAGAAGGAUUUAGUCAGGCGGAUACGGCCCUGACUGCUGCUUCGAAAUCUGGCCGUUGGGUUCUGCUUAAAAACGUGCACCUUGCUCCUCAAUGGCUUGGAAAUAUGGAAAAACGUUUGCACACGCUGAAACCGCAUGCCAAUUUCCGUCUAUUCUUGACUGCUGAGAUUCAUCCAAAGCUGCCGACAUCAGUUCUCAGAGCAUCCCGUCUGGUUGUGUUUGAACCAGCCACAGGACUAAAAGCCAAUCUUCUCCGGUCACUUUCCGCAUUGUCGGCGACUCGUUUGUCGAAACCUCCUGCCGAGCGCAUAGAUGCUGUUGCCCAAGGUCGAGCCAAUGUGGCACCAGAGAAGCUGCCGUGGACCACACUUCGGACACUGCUGAGUCAAUGCAUAUACGGAGGAAAAAUUGAUAAUCAGUUUGAUCAGGUUCUACUCGAUUGCAUUUUGGAGCGAUUGUUUACGGCGAAAAGCUUCGAACCUGAUCACGUGCUUGUUAGUAAGUUCGAUGGUGAUUCGCCAUUAUGUACACCUGAUGCCACACAACGUGACCAACUUCUCGCAUGGAUAGAAGGAAUUAAGAGUCAGCAGCUGCCAGCCUGGCUUGGUCUUUCGAACAACGCAGAGAAGGUGCUACUGACUCUGAGAGGAGAAACAAUGUUGAAAAAUCUUUUGAAAGUGUCCGACGAUGAGUUGGCGUUCAGUGUUGAUGGUGAAAAGGAGGCGAAGCCUCAGUGGAUGGCUCAACUAGGGGAAUUGGCACAACAGUGGUUGAAGCUGCUGCCAAAGAAUAUUGUUCGAAUGAAGCGCACUGUUGAGAACAUCAAGGAUCCUCUGUUCCGCUUCUUUGAGCGUGAAAUUAAUUUGGGAGCUGAACUACUUCGCGAUUUCCGUCAUGAUUUGGAAGAGAUUCUUGGCGUUUGUCGUGCCGAACGCAAACAAAGCAACGAAACGAGAGCGUUGGCAUCCGCUCUACAGAAAGGAGUUGUACCGACGAACUGGCUGCGAUAUACAGUUCCGAAAGAUGUUACAGUCAUGGAUUGGGUGAUCGACUUCAACGAACGCGUAAAACAGCUGAUACGAAUAGGGACAAGCAGUAACCUCAAGCGUGAGGAAGUGUGGCUUGGUGGGACAUUCUCCCCAGAAGCUUAUGUAACAGCAACAAGACAGCAAGUAGCACAAGCAAACACUUGGUCACUUGAACAGCUUCACCUUCAUGUAGUUAUUGGAAGAACCGAACGUUUGGACGUCGUACGACUAACCGGUAUGGAACUUCGUGGAGCAGAAACUAGUGGUGGAAACGCUCUGCGCUUGUCCGAUGAAGUGAAGACAACUUGCGAAUGUGUUGAAUUUUCGUGGAAGCAGGUGAUCGACUCAGUGGGUGUGUUUCGCGUUGAGACUGAUUCCUCAUGGAGCAACUUAAUUGAUAUUCAGUUGGCUUUUGUACCACCGUCACAAGCUCGUCUGAAUCCUUUCACUUCAAUAUUCCGCCAGAAGAGACAACAGCUUCGAUUACCGUCGUGGUGUCACUGCGAACCGUUGCGUAUCACUUGUCUGCCAGGACCACCUGGUCCACCCGGGCUACCUGGACAGCCUGGAAGCCCCGGUCCUCCGGGUAUACCUGGAAAAGAUGACUUAACCGUAUAUGCCCCUGUUCGAUGUCCGGCUCCCGAGCGUGCUUGUAUUAGAUGCCCACCAGGACCACAAGGACCACCAGGAUUGGAUGGAAUGCCAGGACAGCGCGGGUUGGAUGGUAGACCAGGACUGCCAGGUAAUCGUGGAUCAAACGGUAAACCAGGUCUUCAAGGACUUCCUGGAGAACCAGGACCAGCUGGAAAUCGUGGAAUGGAUGGACGACCUGGCCAGCCUGGUAUAAGUGGAAGAAAAGGUUCUGGAGCGCCAGGGAUGCCUGGACAUCUAGGAGCACGUGGAGAGCCAGGGAAAAUUGGUAGUCGUGGAAAAGAUGGUGAACCUGGACCUCCAGGUCGUACUGGAGCACCCGGACAUCCAGGAACACCUGGAAACAAAGGAAUCGAUGGACAGCCUGGAUCGAAAGGAUUACCUGGACGACCUGGAAAGGAUUCGCACUACUGUCCGUGUCCACGUCGUAGCGGGAUAUUUAUUCAUAAGAAGGCUGUAACUUGA